AUGACGAUUGAUGAACAAAUUGAAUGUGAACAAGCAAUUCUUAAUUCAACCGAAUUUCAAGAAAUUGUUAAGAAGUACUAUGGAAUAGAAGACAUGUCAUUGGUUAUGUGUGAUAUCUGGUCUGCGGGAUACUAUGGAGAAGAAGAAGAACGUACACAUCGUCUAGCAAGACCAUUGUGUUUCGUUCGUUCUGACCCAAAAGAUAAUGGAUACACACAUCCCAUCGAAGGUUUACGCCCAGUGGUCGAUUUAAAUGAAAUGAAAGUGAUUCGUAUUGAAGAAUACAACCAUUAUCCGAUACCCUAUGUAACAUGUAAUUAUGCUGCUGACCGUACACCAAACGUCCGUACCGAUAUUCGCCCGUUGGAAAUUGUUCAGCCACAAGGACCCAGUUUUCUUGUUGAUGGAAAUCAAGUAUCAUGGCAGAAAUGGAACUUUGUUAUUGGAUUUAACAUGCGAGAAGGUUUGACAUUGCAUCAUCUUUGUUAUGAUAAACGUUCGAUUCUUUAUCGAGCAUCGUUAACUGAAAUGGUCAUUCCAUAUGCCGAUCCAUCGCCACAACAAGCGCGUAAAAAUGCAUUUGAUUGCGGUGAAUAUGGACUCGGUUGUAGUACAAAUAGUCUUGAACUCGGAUGUGAUUGUUUGGGAUUGAUUAAAUAUUUUGACGGAAAUUUGUGUACGAGUCGUGGGGAACCAUGGAUCAUUAAAAAUGCCGUGUGCAUGCAUGAAGAGGACAAUGGAAUUCUAUGGAAACAUACUGAUCGACGAUUGUGCAUUCCAGAAGUUCGUCGUUCUCGUCGUCUUGUCAUCUCGUCGAUAGCCACGAUUGAAAAUUAUGAAUAUGCAUUUUAUUGGUAUUUGUAUCAAGAUGGGAACAUUCAGUUUGAAGUAAAGAUGACGGGUAUAUUAUCGCUUGGUGCUGUACCACCCGGCAAGAAGUCACCAUACGGCACUCUCGUUGCUCCUGAAUUAAUCGGACCAUAUCAUCAACACUUUUUUAAUGUUCGUCUUGAUCUCGCUAUUGAUGGGAUCAAUAAUACAGCUUAUCAAUUGGAUGUUGUUCCUGAUGAAAUCGGACCUCAAAAUCCGUAUCAUAAUGCAUUUCAAGUAAAAAAAACUCGUCUUGAAACGGAAAAGCAAGCACAAGCGAAUUUAAAUCUGGAAACGUCGAGAACAUGGAAAAUUGUGAAUGAAAAUGUUUUGAAUGGGCUAGAUGAGCCUGUGGGAUACAAAUUAAUUCCCGGUGAUAAUUGUAUUCCAUUUUCUCCUAAAACUGCCUGGUGGCGUAAACGUGCCACAUUCGUUGAUCAUCAUGUAUGGAUAACACCCUAUGCUGAAGAUGAAUGUUUUGGAGCAGGAAUGUACCCGAAUCAGAGUCAGGGCGGUGAUAGUUUAGCGUAUUGGACAGAAAAGGAUCGACAUAUAACAAAUACAGAUUUAGUUCUUUGGUACACCUUUGGUCAUACACACAUUCCACGACCGGAAGAUUACCCCGUGAUGCCAGUGGCUUGUAUUGGAUUUAUGUUGAAGCCUAACGGUUUCUUUGAUUUGAAUCCGGCAAAUGAUCUUCCGAGAUCGAUAAAGAAAGAUGAUCAAGAAAUUUGCUGUCACUAA